AUGUCAAUUAACCUAAAGACCCUUCACCUUGCUUCACCAAAGCAUAAGCACAAGUUCGAUGCUUCCUCUGUACAAAAAAUCCAGCAAAUACCAGAUCCAGUAACCCAAUCUUCCACCAGUACCCAUCAGAAGUCAUUGUCGAACUCAUCGGUGAUUGAGGACGAGGGAGAAAAAUUCUAUUCUCCUUUGGCUAAAAAAGACUCAAACAACUCCUCUACUUAUUCGGAUUUGGACGCUAUCAAACAAUUCCUCGUAUCCCCUGAGAUGAUUGCAACCUCGCCAAAAAAGAAAACUAUGGAUCAGAAAUCUUUGGCUCCAGUAUUGGUGCAGGGAGUGUCAGAUCAAAGUCACCCUAUCCAAUACCAGCAACAAUACUCUCCUUUGAUCAAGGAUGAUGCGCCAAUUAUUGUAACAAAGCCAGAUGGCAAGAAAUUACAAAAAUUGGUACAAGGCAGCGACAAUCUUGAGCAAAGAAAAAAUGCAGCUGUUGAAGAAGCAGAAGCAGAAGAAGAAGAAGAAGAAGAAGAAGAAGAAGAAGAAGAAGAAGAAGGAAGUGACAAUGCCACAAUAAAAUCCGCUAAUUCCAGUUCUUCAAAUAUCUCAAACAAAACAGAAAAGGCUUUGAAAUACGAAGAAAUGAAAUUAUCAGAAUUGAAGAAAACCGCCGCUGAGUUAUAUGAACAUAAAUAUGAGGCGGUUCCAGUGGAGGAUUAUAUGAUGGUGUUGUGUAACCCAAAUAAUCCCGAGGCUAAAAAGUUGAGAUCUUUCUAUUUAAAGAAAUUCAACUGGACAAUCUCUUUGUUGGAUUCUUUGAGAAUUCUUUGUAACAAGUUAUAUUUCAGAGGCGAAUCUCAAAACAUCAGCAGAAUCAUUGAAUCGUUUUCAAUAGUUUGGACCCAAAAAUUCCCUAAAAACAUUUUCGGAAACCAGUAUGCCAUUUAUUUGAUUGCCUAUUCUUUGAUUUUGUUGAACUCUGACUUACACUCUCCUGAGCUUUCUAAACAUAUUUCCAAGGAAACUUUUGUGAAAAAUACAUUGAAUGCCCUUAAAGUUGAAAAAUUAUACCCAAAAGAUUCCAUUAGUGCCUUGAACUGUCUCAGAAACUAUUAUGAAAGUAUUGAGAUAAACGAAUUAAAAUUGUUGAAUAAUAACCUGACGGCUGGCAAUGGGGGUUAUCAAUCUAAUGGGAAUUACAAUCACAACAACAAUAGUUUUGUGAACUUACGAAAGACGUCAUUCAAUGUUAGUAGAUCAUCUACUAGAGCCAGCAAUGCAGUUUCUAAUAAGUUAUACCAUCAUGACAAUGGCACAAACCACACUGGUAUUGGGAAAGGUGACUUCUUGGAGGCCCCUCCGAAUGCUGGUAGCAUUCUUCCAAAAGAACAAGAACCAGUUGGGUUUUUACAUGCUUUACAAAGAAAUGCAUCACACUUGAACCAUAAAACUGAUAGUAAAUUAGAUUUGAGAAAGCAUAAAUCCAGUGUCUCUAUUGCGUCUGCUGUUAGUGCUAACACUAUGAAAACUAUGGAAACCUCAAACACUGUCGGCACUUACAAUUCUAUUAAUACCUCGAACAAGUCCAGCUUUAAACAUAGCGGAUCUUCUAACACUGCUCUAAUCAACGCCAACAAUUCUAUCAGCAAUUCUAAUUCUUUUGUUUCUUCUAGUUUAGAGGCCUCUGACGUGAUUAUUGAGGAAGAUGAAGCUGAUAUGGAUUUGGAAUUGACUGGUCCUCCUUGGGCUAAAGAAGGGUUGUUGAAAAUUAAGAAGUUUGAGAAGAACAAGAAUUUCUUUGGUUUGAAUUCUUCUAAAUCCAAUAAUGUGUCUGGCUCACAAAGCUCCUCGCAGUUCAGUAGAAGUUUCUUCAAUGGAAACAGCAACAGUGAUGGUUUGAAUAAUCAUUUAUCUAGGACUUCUACGAAUACCAGUGGAUUUGUUAAGCAUCAUAAGAACGGCUACAAUUCUUCAUCUUCAUCAUCCAACAAAGCGCAAUGGAAAUUGAACUUUACCGUUGUUUCGAGAGGUGAAUUGAAAUUGUUCUCCUUUGGUAACAAACCAUCUUCUUCUUCAUCAUCAUCGACAUUAUCGAAUAGCCAAUUUAGUUCGCCAAUGAUGGAUGGUAAUUCGGGUAAAUUACGCAAGAAGUUCUCCAAACUAAGAUUAGAUAAAAAUAAUAAUGAGCCAGUAGUGAUUGGUGCUGGGAACUCCCUCCCUAUUGGCGGGGGCAUUGGUGAUGGUAACUGGAUGAGAAAUGCUCUCACGGCCGGCUCUUUUAGUAUGAUUUCCACUUAUUCGAAAAUUAUUCCCGACGAUUCGAUAAAUAACAAGUCGUUGAAAUCAAGAGAAUUGGAAACUUUCUGGGCAUUGAAGUUGCCAAGCAAUUAUGAUUUUGACGCUGAUAAUAGACAAUUAAUGUCGAAGGUUAAAAAGGAAACUGGAGCGUAUAUUAAUAAUGAUAACAUUUUAAUUUUCAGUGCUGGUACAAGAGAAAUUGCCGAAGAGUAUGUGUUCACUUGCAAUUACUGGGCUGCUAGAUUGACCGCCAUUCCAACUCAAAAUGAAUCGAUUAGUAACAAACAGUAUGGUUGGAACAAUUCGUUCCUCACUUCCACUAAUGCCACGAACAUAAUUAAUACCAAAAUUCACCUGUGGAAUCCUCUCGUGCCUUCAGUGGUGGCUUCAACCCUUUCUAUUAAGAAGCAGUUGAUUGAAUUGUUCAAAUAUGUGCAGAUUUUAGAAAACUUGAUUUCCGAUCAUUUGAAGUUGAAAGAUCAGAUUGAUGAAUUUAUUCACAAGAAUGCGUCAGAGAAUCACAAAUAUUUGGUGCAAUUGAAUAAAGUGUUCAAUUCCAUCAUGACCAAUUGGAAAAAUAAGUACAGUUAUUUGGUUAAUGAGCAUAACCAAUUCAAAGACUAUGUGUUGACUUUAAAAGAGGCGAUUGAUUUAAAACAGAAGAAGUUGAGUGGUGAAACUAGUGAUGAUGAGUGA